GGACGGCACUCGCUCCCAUCGUCGCCAGCCAAAGAAAGGUCGACGCAAGCGGGGCAGGCAUGUUUGCAUCGGACUGGGGGGAAGAGCCUUGGGGAGGAUGGCAGGGCUCUCUAAGUUCAGGGCUUUGGGAGUCAUGCUUAGCGUGCAUGCCUGCUCUUGACAGUCUCAAAUCAAAGUCUAGCCAGCUUAGCUCUCAAGACCUGAGCAAACCUUGGUGUCCUAAUGCUGUACCCACCACAAGGAGAAGGAGAAAAAGAUCUGGUAGAUUUGGGAGCCGCUGGACAGCAGUGACAGCAGAGCCCCGUCUGCUGCAAUUCCUGUCAGUUGCUAGCGUUACAAUUCUGUUGCACUGACUCUUCUCGUCCAGUCUGGACCUGCCAGCCAGUCUUGCCAGAAUCAGGGCUCUACGGACAGCCUGAAAGUUUUCAGUCGUCCCCUAAUUUCUUCCUUCUGAUCCCUGGGACUCUUGAGAGAACGCUUCGUCUCCUUCCCUUCCUCCCUCCCUCCUCGUCCUCGUCCUCGUCCUCGUCUGUCUGGAAUUGCUCGGCAGCCCCUGCGUUCCCAGGCAGCAGCCUCCAUGGCGCGCCUGGAGGGCGACGACCGCCUCGAGCGCUUGUCCGAAACGUGAGACAUUUGCAUCGCUUCGUCGCUCAGAAUCCUCGCUCGAUGUGCACGAUCGUCUGCCUGUACUCGAACUGAGACGCCUGGCGCAUUUCUCAGAGAGCUGCUGCUGAUGAGGGUCAGCAUGGGCUCUGUCCUGUCCAACGGUGGCAGGCCACUCCGGCCUCCGCCAAAAGAAAAAGCUGCAGGAAUCUCGAGGAUCGUCGCCUCCAAGAAAACGUCGACCGUCCUUCUGUGCACAUUGUUCAUAUUUCUCAUCUCUGCGCGCUCUAUCGCCAACUGGCUGUCGACUCUUCCGGACCUGGCGCUCCGAAUCAGCUCAGGGGCCGGCCCCUACUCCUCGUGCGUGAACUUCACGGACCCUCUGAAAUCCAGGCACGAGUCGCUGAGUUUGCUGCCGCACGGCGAACAAUACAUGCUCUAUUCGCCGCACGAAGGAUUCAGCAAUCAAGCUCGAGAGCUCAAAAAUGCUCUCCAGAUCGCCCUGCUGCUCAACCGCACGCUCAUCUUGCCUCCUGUCGUGGACCACGGUGAGGUGAAGCACGGCAGGUGUUUAAAACCGCGCUAUCCGACCCAGAGAAAGCUCAAAGAGAGAUCAUGGAGCGCUGUUCGCCGACAUAUCUCCCAGAACAGAUACGUCGCGAUUGCAGAUAUCGUCGAUCUGCGGUCGCUGACCCCGAGGCUGGUGAGAACCAUCGACCUGCGCGUGUUCUUGGCGCUGUGGUGUGGAGUGGACAUAGCUCCGGUGUGCGCAGGGCCGCAAUGCCGCAGCUUGGCGAGCUCCCUGCCUCCGAGCUGGGGAUCUCUGGCGACUUGCAGACAGAGACUAUUUCCCGCCCCGGGAGUGCGUUCCUGUUUGGUAUACGACGUGGAGGACGACUGUCCCACAACGAUCUGGACCAAUGGCGAGAGCGACUUCACUCGAGAAUUCAUGGAGCAUCAGCUUAUGCAAAAGCUUCGGAACGAUCCGGAUAUGUCCAAUCGGACAAGCUUGAUGCACGCCGAGUCUGGCCAUGAUCGAAGGAUCGUCCGAAAGGACAUCGUGAAGACUCUGGGCCCCGGAUCUGAAGCCGGCCAAAGAUUUCUUCUGUCCUUCGGAAGCCUCUUCUCCCGAAUGUACAAACAUAUGGAGCUCCAUGUGAACAUCAGAGCAGCGUUGGGAGACGAGGUCAUGGAAUCCAAGCUGGAGGCCAUAAAGAAAGGCCUUCCUUUCACGAAGGAGAUCAUGAGGAGCGCUAAGCAAUUCGUGAAGGAGGAAUUUGCGAACCGACCUUACUUCUGUGCGCAUGUCAGGCUGGGGGACGGAGCUUUUGUUCAUGUCUGGGACAAGAUCUUCAGGCCUUUGAGGAAGAAAUUGGAGCAGCUGUCGCAGAAGUGGCACAGGAAGAGUAAAAGGUUGCACAUCUUCCUCAUGACGGACCUAGCACGAGAAAGCUGGAACGGAACGCUUCUGGCAGAGGUAGAUGCCAGCGAUCGAUUCAUGAUCCACACUCUAGAUGGCCACCAGUACUUUCUGAAUGACACUGCCCACCAGACGACGUCGUCUGAGCAUGGCCUCAGACUGGGCUUCGUCCCCCAAAUCGCCGGGCUCGAACCACUACGUCCAAAAGAUCCAGUGAACUCAACAUCACUGGCAAGUUUUGUCCCCGAUGUUCGACUCUACGUCGAAGAGGUGGUCUGUGCCUGUGCCUCCUUGGGUUUCCAAGGCACCUUCAGGUCUACGGUCACGACCAACAUCAACGAGAUGAGAACUGCGCGAUUGUGUCCAGUAUAACCUCAAAAGUAUUAUUCGAAAUUAUUUUCCUCAAAUUCUCACCUUUCACACUUUUCCUCGGAGACAGCUCCUUUUAAAAAUGUGUCUUGUAUACUCACAUGUUACUCGCAGCCUCAGUACCUGCUUUGCAGCAGCACUGGCAGAUGGGUCCUUUAAAGCUACACUAAUGUGUUCAUUGGUUUCGCGUAAUGUACUGUCCUCUAGCGCGUGAACAGAACAACUGAAUGAAUGAAGAAGCCUAAACCCUCG